GGGUACGGUUGUUGUGGAAACUUUAAACAUUCUAGUGGGAGCAUGCACGGUUGUUAUGGGAACGGUCUGUGGGAGCGUGAAGGAAGCAGGACUGAGCGAGUUUAUGGGCAGAGUGCACGAGUCACUGACAACUUUAGCAGAGGACACCACGUCCGACAGUGAAGAGGUAAAUGGGAAUAUUGCAUUUGUCGAACUAUCUGUCUGUCAGAACAGAACACUGUACGCUGAUCAGCUGAAGAGAGAAAUAUGUAUCAGUAACAUGCAACAAAUGCCAGUGUUACAAUCCACAGUGGCUCCAGCGGAGGGGAGGUUACGUCGCAGUGUGCCAAGCCUGCCGGCGAUCAAACCAGACAGGCUAAAAGCGGCUAAAACGCUGGUGACGAAAGCAGUGAAGCGGAGGAAAGUGUUUUCAGUGCAGGGACCCUACCCUGUGAUCCGUGCAGCCUUAUGGGCCAGAGGGUGGGUGGAGCGUCGUUUGCCCCAUCCUGUCCAGAGAGCAACUCAUUGCCAUGGCAACGAGGAGGAGAAUGGUGGUGAUGAUGAUGGUGCUGUCAGUGCUGAUGUUACUGAGCGAGUGGAUGAAGGCGAGAAAAGGGAGAACCUUGAUGACAUGUAUGACCUCAUGUCUCGCCUGGUUCGAAAUGAAACAACUUAUUUCCACUGGACAACACGUCGGGAUUACAUAGACUGUCGCUCCUUACGGAAUGACCAAAUGACCAACCACUAUGCAAAUUCUUGGACAUUUACUACCAAGGUGGGGCUCUGUGUGAACCUGCGUAACCUUCAGUGGUUUGAUACAGCAGAUCCUGAUACCUUCUUCCCAAGAUGCUACAGGCUUGGGGCAGAGGAUGAAAAGCAGGCAUUUAUAGAGGAUUUCAGGAAGACAGCAUGCACCAGCCUGCUGCAGCAUGUGGUUGAGACAAGUAGAUGGAGGAGAGAUGGAGCAGAGGAUUUGGAUAAUGUGGAGCAUCGUUUUGUUGGUCCAGGAAUGAUCGACAUGGCUUUGCACGUGUGUCAAGAGUUUCUCAAUGUUUUAGAGCACGGCGACAUUGAUGUUUCUGUAGAAACACCACCCUCAGUGGAGGAACAGCACUGGGCAGAGUUUCUGCAAGACUACUACAUGGUUGUGCAUGAAGGUGCACUGAUCAGGGGUAGCAGUGUGUUUGUGGAGCGCUGCCAGGCCACUUUAAUCAGACUGCAGAAGGCUUGCCCUCAGCUGGAUACCGAUGGACUAAAUAACAUCUGGAUUAUCAAACCAGGUGCCAAGUCAAGAGGACGAGGUAUUAUGUGUAUAAAUCGCCUGGAGGAGAUUUUGGCACUUGUGGAUGGUGACAGAGCCCUGACUAAAGAGAGUAAGUGGGUGGUUCAGAAAUACCUUGAACGUCCUCUGUUGGUCCAUGGCACCAAGUUUGACCUCCGUCAGUGGUUCCUCGUCACCGACUGGAACCCUCUGACUGUCUGGUUCUACAGAGAGUGCUACCUGCGAUUCUCCACUCAACCAUACUCAACAAAAACUCUGGACAGCUCAGUCCACCUGUGCAACAACUCCAUCCAGAAGCACUUUCAGCCGUCCUGUGAGCGCCAUCCAGGAGUGCCUGAGGACAAUAUGUGGUCCUGCUCUCAGUUUAGGGCUUUUCUGCAGCGGCAGGGCCGUGGGGCAGAGUGGGACUCAGUGGUGGUCACGGGCAUGCAACAAGCAGUGGUCCAUGCCCUGCAGACAGCCCAAGACCUGGUGGAGCCCCGCAAGGCGAGCUUUGAGCUCUACGGAGCCGACUUUAUGUUGGGCAGAGAUCUGAAGCCUUGGCUUCUGGAGAUCAACGCUAGUCCGACUAUGGCCUGCUCCACAGCUGUGACCGCUCGCCUCUGCCCUGCUGUGCAGCUGGACACACUGAGGGUUGUGCUGGACAGACGGACUGAUCCUAGUGCUUACACAGGAGGCUUUCAGCUAAUCUUUAAACAGGCUGCAGUUGAAGUUCCUCCGUAUGUGGGAGUGAACCUGCUGGUGGAAGGAGCCCCCAUAAGGCGAUCCAGACAUCUACUUCAUAGACAAACUGUUUCUAACCCAACUCUCUUCAUGCAGUUCCCACUGGACCAGUCGUCAGAAAAGGUUGAAACGACACGUAAACCAUCAGGUCAGAGGUCCUACGCAGUCUCCGCUUUUCGCCACUCAGGCAAGGAGAACCGAGCUGCUGGAGAGAAAAAGAGACAGUUGACAUCAACAUCUUCUAAGAGGGAACCUGAGGAGAGAGCAGAUGUCCAGAAUACCUCCUGUGUCCGCAGGUCCUGUUGCAGUCUGGCAUGUGAACAGCCUUUGGUGGUACACGCUGAACCUCAGAGGAAAGCGCAACGUUUGGGUUUGAGUCUUGGUGCCAACGGGGCAACUCUAGUCCCACGGAGCCUUUCCUUUUCCCUCAGCCUUCCUCACAGCAUGUCAGAUUGCAAAUCUCAGGCCAACCCAGGUCACGGAUCACACAUCUCCAGAUCCUUCUUUCCCCACAGAACUUUUGAGCUACAACACAGGACUCCUAACCGGGGCUUUCCUUCACUCCGGGGUCCCCUUCCUACCCUGGAGGUCUUUAGCUUGCAACCAAACAUUGUGGCUGGAACCACUGCCUGUCGUAAUCCAAAUGUGUCCUCUCACCCCAGUGUCCACAGGCAUCAGUUAUUCCUCUGCUCUCGAAGGCAAAGCAUGGAUACAUUUAAAGAAGAGUGCACAGGGGAACAUACAAAUCAGCGGGAUUGAGUGUCACAUAGGCUGGAGCCUGAUGAACAACACAUUAAAUGUUACGUUCACAACAUACCAUCAAUUUCAGUAGUAAAUUUGAAUUAGGUUUUAGUUUGGCUGACUAGAAUCUAAAUAUAUCUAUAUGAUUUACAAUUAUGUUAUGAAUGUAACAGCAAUCAAUACUGUGUUGAAGUUUAUUUGUAUUAAAACAAACAAACAAAAAGAGUUAAUGUAUUCAAGUGUCUCCAGUAUGGCAGAUAUGCCAAGGUGACUGGGCAGAAAAUACUAUAACAAAAUGACCACUGUCCAUUCUCUGCAGAUAAAUAAUCUGAUUUAUGUUAACGGGAUAUAUAUAUAUAUAUAUUUUUUGAAUGGCCAGCAGGUGGCAACAAAGGCUCAAUGAUCUAACUGCAUGUUUAUGCCAAAGCCUAUCUAGAAGAGGGACUUAAAAGGAAAGAGCUGUCAGUUCUUAUCCAGAUGUUGCCACACAUUCAGAAACACCUGCUGUAUUUGGUCUUUUAGCCUCUUUUUAAACAUAAAGUCAACAUACAUUUCCUGAAUAACUUAGACAUCAAUACUCACUCAAAUAAAAAGUUAUUUAUAGUUAACAUUAAAAAAAAACAAGUCUGGAUGUUUUUAUUGAGCUCCAUGACUUUCAAUAAACUACUGAAAUUGGCAAACCGUAACCUAUAUAAUUAUAUUAUAAGAAAUCGAAACAGACAGGAAACAAUGGGGAAGGGAGACAGGUAUGACGUGCACAAAAGGUCAAACCGGAGAUGUUGUGGUUAUGCAUCUUAACCACUAGGCCUCCAGGUCCCAACUACUGACAUGAGUAUUAAAAGCAUUAUUUAAUAAUAGUAAAUGAUUAAACUGGCUGUAAUGUGUUUACUACAACUUUAAAAGGAACUAAUGACAUUUAGCGUGAGUUUACUUCAGUUUUUAGGACAAAACAAACACUCCUACAACACAUAAAUGAUAGUGGAAACAAUAAUAUGAGGUUUAAGAGUUUGUGGUGUUAAACAUAGACAUUGGAGAUGAGCUGUGUUGAUUGUAAGUGCAGUCACAUAGCUAAACAAAUGUGAUUGUGGUAAUAAAUAGUAUUUGUGGAAAUGUAUGCGUUUGUAGUGCGGGGAGUGUAGUUCGAGAAAGAAUAAAAUAGAGAAAAUGUCUCCCUGUCAACAAG